AUCAGUCCUCUCUCCGCACAAGAGCAGCAGGGAUCAUCAGACGACCCCGCAGAUGCUUGGUUCAACGCUGCAGGGAUCCUCCUGUCCCUCAAACACGCGGCCGCUGAGAGGAGUGCUAGGAUGGGGAACCCAACAGAUACCCCGCAAUGGACCCCUUCUGUGGGCGACCCUUCGAUUUCGCAAUCACAGGUUUGAAAUUUCAACACUAACCAGGCCCCAAAUCUUCUAAAAUUUGUCAUCUUCAGAUUGGUGCUCGGAUCCCAUUCGUUACUAGUGCCCUGCGUUCGACUCUUUUGGAGAAGAGCUGGGAAAACUGGGUCGAGUAUACCAUUGAAGUACAUUUGGUAAACCUUCCUUAGCUCGAUUACCAGCCGCUGUUUGGGAAAUGAGCCCGCGACGCUGAUCCCUUUGAGAAGAUCGAAGGACUCGAGAAAACGGCGAAAAUCGAGAUUAAAACCCACCAGGAAAACUGAACGAGACCAAUUUCUUCUAUCUUUUUAUUUUAUUUUUUUUUCAACUGUGAUUUGAAACUGAAAAACAAUAGCUUUAUAAAUAACGUCUAUCCCUUUACGUUUUCGGAAAGCCUCGACUUCAUGUGCUGGUCCUCGGUUUUCCUGAACUCGAAUCCAAAUGGGUCCUAGUCUCCCGCUGCAAAGGUUUAUAUUGCAACUACCUUCACUUUUUUACCAUGUAUCUGACAUGACAUUGUGACAGAGAUUGAUUUGUGUCAAGCCACUUAAGAUUUUAUUCACAAAAUAUCGUUUAACCUAUCAGUUUUGAUUGUUUUCUUUUGGAGACCUCCUCAAUUUCAAUGGAUGGAUUUGCUUCUGCAAGUGUGGAUACAGCAGUUUUCUUGUCAGCUGCUGUACACAACCCAUGUGGUGCAGAGUGUGCUCAGGAUUUCUAUUCAGGAUCCAUUUUUCAAGAGGAGACAGUCCUGUCUGACAGAGAAAGCUCAGACGCGCCUGGGUCCAAGGCAAAUAAAUGCCGUCUAUGCGACAAGGUAUAUGCUCGGCCUUCCACCCUACGCACGCAUAUGCGGACCCACUCAGGAGAGAAGCCCUACCAGUGCCACAUUUGCAUGAAGUCUUUCUCACAGGAUGCAAAUCUAACUGCGCAUUUGCGAAUCCACUCGGGGGAGAAGCCUUUCAAAUGCUUGGUGUGCGAUCGAAGGUAAUAUAAGCAACUACUGAACUUGUGACUUGGUUAAGGUAGUCUGGGACUUUGAAGUGACCACAUCUAAUCUACUUUGUGUUUUUCGACUGCUUAUUGACAGAACGACUUUGAAGUGGCCACAUCCAAUCUACUUUGUGUUUUUCGACUGCUUAUUGACAGAACACCUACAAUAGACCUUCAUGAUUUGUCGUGCUACUCUUUCCUGGAUUUCAGCCAUAGAUUCUUAAUUUGUUUUUAGUCCCGAGGAUUCUAUAUUAGCAUAUUCUCUGACCUGCGAGCAAACCCACCAUUAUUAGCGAGCGCGUUGCUUCGCAGGAAAGUAUAAUGCCUUGAGCAACGUGAGCCGACGCGAGGGCUGCAAGGGGUCUAGUACUGAUAAUUAUUAGAGCCAGACCCCCAGCAAACCUCUCCCUGACUCCUCUCAAAUCUUCCCGCGGGCGGAUAAACGUGUGUCCUGCUGCUCUCAGGCUACAUUCUCCUUCCUUUUACCCAGGUUUAUUACAUCUUGACCUCUAGAAAACUACUUUGUGUAACAUCCUUGUGAAAGCUCAAGGGGGAAAUCAUGUUACUGAUUUGCGAUAUAACCAUAUUUUUUGUAGGUUUGCCCAGUCCUCCUCUGUCACCACACACAUGCGCACUCAUACUGGUGAGCGCCCUUAUCGAUGCAAAAUGUGUUCUCGGGGAUUUGCCGAUAGCUCCACUCUGACAAAACACCUGCGAACUCACACAGGAGAGAAACCAUACAAAUGUAAGAUUUGUCAACUUAAGUUUUCCCAAUCAGGAAAUUUGAAUCGACACAUGCGUGUACACGAACACGGCAUGUAA